UAGUCUAAAGUAAGCUUUUCUCUGCUAAGGAGACGCGAUGUCCGACACCUUGUCCUGAGACGGGAGUGCGCAUGACGCAGGUGUUCGCUGAAGUUUUCAGCCGUGAGAGCUGCGCACACCUCCGCAGACCGAAGGAGCACGGAAGGCGCUGUAACCAGAUCCCGAGUCUGUUAUUUCACCUGCCCGUGCUGUUUCUAAACACAUGCAUGUCUUUUGAGGUCGAUCGGGAAGGAUGAAGAGCGUUUUUCUUCGCUACGUUUUUCUCUGGGUGACGUUACAAAUGAUUGCUGUACCUGCCACAGUGCUGAACUGCUGUGAGGGGGACAUUCUCCUUUUGCUGGACUCCUCGGGAAGUAUAGCAAACUAUGAAUUCUCUCGUCUGUUGUUCUUCGCCGCCGACUUGCUGCGUCCCUUUUCACUGGGCCGUGGGCAUGUGAGAGUGGGGUUGCUGCAGGUGGGCACCGACCCUCACCUGGAGUUUGGCUUCGACGUCCACAGCAAUCAGGAGAGUCUGCAGUCGGCCAUGCAGGGCAUCAGGCAGCUGAAAGGAGACACUAACACUGAGGCGGCGCUCGGCAUUGCCCGCGAGCUGCUGACGGAGACGGAUGUGAAAGUGCCAAAGAUUCUCCUGUGGCUGACUGACGGAGUGCAGCCUGGUGACGUGGACAGACCAAUGUCAGAGCUGAAAACGCGGGGAGUCUCCGUGUUAAUAGUGUCAACUGUACAUGGGAACUACCAGGUGCUAAAACGUGUGGUGACACCUCCGCUGGACUCUCACUUAUACACUGUGGACAUAGACAACAUUGACAUCAUCACAGAGGACCUGAGGAAGGCCAUGAUAGAAAUCAUUCGUGCUGAACGGCUGCGUGUGGUUGAUUUGACCUCCCACAGCGCUGUGUUGCAGUGGCGCCCUGUUCUGAGUGAAGACAGUAGUUAUUAUGAACUCUGGUAUAAGUCCGUGAGCAAACCAGGUCGUGAGAUUAGACGUACUUUAAUGGGAGACUCCAGCAGGGCGGAGCUGAAAAAUCUGCAGCCUGACACGACUUACACAGCGUCCCUCCGCCCAGAGUCCAACCAGGCAGUGUUUAAUACACUCACCGUAACCUUCACUACUUUUCCUGAUGUUUUAAGCCCAGCAGUGGUCCACCUGUCAGAUCAUGGUCCUCGUCAGAUCCGUGUAAGCUGGGGUCCUCUGCAGCCGGCUCGGGUACUGCAAUACACAGUGGAGUACGGAGCUAUUCCCAGUUCACAUGUCCGCACUGUGACCUUACCCAGGCAGAAAAAUUCAACCUUACUGACCGGCCUGGAGCCGGGCACUCAGUACCUGGUUACAGUCACUGCUCUGCAGGUGGAUGGAAAAGAAAGAGCUAUGUCUGUGAGAGCCUGCACACUGGCAGAAGCUCUGCCUGCUCUAAUCGACCUUCAGCUGGAACCAGUAAAACAACAGGACUUGGGGGUGGAGGAGAUGCAAGUAAAGUGGCAAGCCUAUCAGGGAGGAUUAAGAGGCUACUGGAUCAAAUGGGAGACAGAAAACCCCCACAGCACCACCUCCUCAAUGUACCUACCUCCUAGCUCCCGUUCAACGCAGCUCACCCAUCUUGCACCAAACAGUCGAGUGUGUGUGUCCCCCAUCUACAGCUCGGGCCGAGGAGACGGGCUGUGCUGCACUGCCACGACUCACAGAGAUUCCAGACAGUGGGGUUAACAACCAGUCUAAACCAAUCAGGCAGCCAAAGCAAACCACUCAAGCACUAAAUAAGUUGGAUGCGAAUAUAUCAUCUUGAAAUUAAUUCUAGUGUCAGGAAAAGGCUUUUUCAACAACUCCACCACCAACAAAGAUGAACAAAUACACAUGCCACGUAAUUAAAUCUUUUUUCCUGGCAAUGCGGGAAGACAAUAUGCCACAUCAGCAGUGUUGGGCAAGUUACUUUGAAAAAGGAAUUAAUUAUAGUUUCUAGUUACUUCUUCAAAAAAGUAAC